AAUCAGCCCAAACUGUCCACAAGAACACAGCCUUUCCUCCAGAGUCAGGGUUGGAGCUGCCUUCAGAGUCCAACCAGAUCUUUGUGUCCACAUCCAGAACAAGUGUGUGAAACAGCAGUAUGGCUUCUUUAAAGGAGAUAUGCAACGGCCUACCGUUGAACCCCCUACCACCCAACCGUGGAAGAGAUCCCAGUGUGCCUCAUGCACCCAUUCGGACCCCCAACCUCACAGCUGAGGAGGAGCGAUUGGCACUGAGAAACGCCCUGCGCUAUUUUCCUCCCUCCCACCAUGCAACGCUGGCACCUGAAUUUGCUCAAGAGCUGCAGCAGUACGGCCACAUUUACAUGUACCGCUUCUGCCCCUCAUUUCCCUUGAGAGCCUAUCCCAUAGACCAGUAUCCCUGCCGCACGAGACAAGCCGCUGCUAUCAUGCUGAUGAUCAUGAACAAUCUGGAUCCAGCAGUCGCUCAGUUUCCUCAGGAGCUGGUCACAUAUGGAGGGAAUGGGCAGGUGUUCAGUAACUGGGCCCAGUUCAGUCUGGUGAUGCACUACCUGAGCCAGAUGACGGAGCAGCAGACUCUGGUGAUGUACAGCGGACACCCGAUGGGUUUGUUCCCCAGUCUGCCAUCCUCACCUCGAGCCAUCAUCACCAACGGCAUGGUCAUUCCAAAUUAUUCCUCCAGAGAUCAGUAUGAGAAGAUGUUUGCUCUUGGCGUAUCAAUGUAUGGUCAAAUGACAGCAGGCAGUUAUUGCUACAUUGGUCCUCAAGGAAUUGUUCACGGGACAAUGCUGACCGUACUGAAUGCAGGCAGGAGGUACCUGGGGACUGACGACCUGCGAGGCCGUGUCUUUGUGACCUCCGGCUUAGGGGGCAUGAGCGGAGCUCAGGCUAAAGCUGCUGUGAUUGCCGGCUGUGUUGGUGUGAUUGCUGAGGUGGAUGAAGCUCCGCUGAUAAAACGCCACAAGCAGGGCUGGCUUAUGGAGGUGACCAGCAGCCUGGACCAGUGCAUCAAACGCAUCAGAGAAGUGAGGAGCUCCAAGACCCCCCUCAGCCUGGGAUACCAUGGCAACAUUGUAGACUUGUGGGAGAGACUCCUUCUAGAGUUUGAAAGAACAGGGGAGCUUCUGGUAGACCUGGGUUCAGACCAGACCUCGCUGCAUAACCCCUUCAAUGGGGGGUACUACCCCGUCCCACUCAGCUUCCAUCAGGCCAACCAGCUCAUGUCCAGUGACCCCGCUCGAUUCCGCAGCUCUGUGAAGGAAAGCCUCAGAAGACAAAUAAGGGCAAUAAACAAACUGGCUGAUGCGGGUAUGUUCUUCUGGGACUAUGGCAACGCAUUCCUCCUGGAGGCUAAAAGAGCUGGUGCAGAGGUUGAAAAGGGGGAUGGAGGAGCAACUGAGUUCCGUUACCCUUCUUAUGUUCAGCACAUCAUGGGGGACAUCUUUUCUUUGGGGUUUGGACCGUUUCGCUGGGUGUGCACGUCUGGAGAUCCCAAGGAUCUAGCUGUGACUGAUGACCUUGCUGCUUCUGUUCUGGAGAAAAUCUGUGCGAACGUGUCAGAUCGUAUCAGACAACAGUACAAUGACAACAUUCGCUGGAUCAGAGAAGCUGGAAAACACCAAAUGGUUGUUGGAUCUCAAGCCAGAAUUCUCUAUUCUGACCAGAGAGGGAGAAUCUCUAUUGCUUUGGCCAUCAACCAGGCCAUUGCAGAUGGAAAAGUUUCAGCACCUGUGGUUAUAAGCAGAGACCAUCACGACGUUAGCGGCACUGACAGCCCCUUCCGGGAAACAUCCAACGUUUACGACGGCUCUGCUUUCUGUGCAGACAUGGCCGUCCAGAACUUUGUUGGUGAUGCAUUCAGAGGUGCUACAUGGGUCUCUCUGCAUAAUGGAGGAGGGGUUGGAUGGGGCGAGGUGAUCAACGGAGGUUUCGGUUUGGUGCUUGACGGCUCUGAGGAUGCAGCAAAUCGUGCCAGUCUGAUGCUCAGCUGGGACGUGUCCAAUGGGGUGGCUCGACGAUGCUGGUCCGGAAACCUGAAUGCAUUUGAAACAAUUCAGCGAACCAUGAAGGAGAACAAGCAGCUGCAGGUCACCAUGCCCUUUCCUGUUCAGGACGAGCAGGUGCUGGACCGUGCCCUGCAGGGCUGAUUUACGCUUCAGCUUUGGUUAAAGUAAUAUCACUUCACAGAGUGACACUGUGUUAAAUGGUACUCAAACAAAGGGAAAGUCACAUUGGUUAUAAGUAACUGGAAGAUUUGACUGUUCUGCCCUUAAGGCAGUUUAAGAAAACGAUAUUUCUCUUUAACACGUUUCAUUUUUCUUUGUACUGACAAUAAAACUGACCUCAUGCAGAAAAUA